GAAAAACUGGGACACGUGGGUUGGAGAUGGGUCGUAUGAAGAAAAAAAAACUGAAAAGAGCGAGUAACAUUGUCUAUUGUGGACUCACUUUUUGCUCCAACAACAUGGACCCACCUGGACCUGGCCCCGGGUCUAAACCCAGACCUGCGCCCAGCUCUGUGUCUCUGAAAAGUGACCGCUCCAAAACCCCUCCUCCUGACUUUAGAGAGGCUCCUCCUGAAGACCAGAGCUCCUACAACAUGGACCCAACUGGACCUGGCCCCGGGUCUAAACCCAGACCUGCUCCCAGCUCUGUGUCUCUGAAAAGUGACCGCUCCAAAGCCAAUCCUCCUGCAUUUACAGAGGCUCCUCCUGAAGACCAGAGGGAGCCAGGCCCAAAGGAGCAGCUGGACGCCAUAUUCAAGUGUCUGGAGGAGCAGGUCCUGAGGUUUGUCCAACAGCAGCUCCAGAGGCUCCACAGGCUCCUGGCCUCAGAUUACCCAGAAUGCACCGAGAGUGAGGAGGAGGAGAGCAGAGAGGUUCUGAACAUCACCAUGGACUUCCUGAAGAGGAUGGACCAGGAGCAUCUGGCCCAGCGCCUGUUCGACAAAAGUAAAGCUGAAUUCAGAGAUAAAUUGAAGUCUGAUCUGCAGCAGAGGUUCAGCCGUGUGUUUGAGGGCGUGGCUACACCAGGAGAUUCCGUCCCCCUGAACGAGAUCUACACAGAGCUCUACAUCACAGAGGGCGGAGCCUCAGAGGUCAACCAGGAACAUGAGGUCAGACACAUGGAGAUGGCGUCCAGACCGGCCGCUCCAGAGACCACCAUCAGAUGUGAAGACAUCUUGAAACCCUGCCCACACUCAUCAGAGCCAACCAGAGUGGUGCUGACAAAAGGCGUGGCCGGCGUGGGGAAAACGGUGCUGACUCAGAAGUUUAGUCUGGACUGGGCUGAAGGCAGGACCAACCAGGACCUCCAGCUGCUGUUUCCGUUCACUUUCAGGGAGCUCAAUGUGCUCAGAGACACACAGUUCAGCCUGGUGGGACUGCUGCACCACUUCUUCAGUCUAUCCAAAGAUCAGUCCUUCCAACAGCUCCAGGUGCUCUUCAUCUUUGAUGGUCUGGACGAGUGCAGACCUCCUCUGGACUUCAGCAGAACCCGAGUCCUGACCGACCCCACAGAGUCCACCUCAGUGCACGUGCUGCUGGUAAACCUCAUCAGGGGGAGGCUGCUUCCCUCCGCUCACCUUUGGAUAACCACACGCCCCGCCGCGGCCAAUCAGAUCCCUGCUGAGUGUGUCUCCAUGGUGACAGAGGUGCGAGGGUUCACUGACCCGCAGAAGAAGCAGUACUUCAAGAAGAGGUUCAGAGAUGAAGCCAAAGCCAUCAUCUCCCACAUCAAGAGUGUCCGCAGCCUCUACAUCAUGAGUCACAUCCCGAUCUUCUGCUGGAUCCUCUCCACAGUUAUACAGAAGCUUCUGGAACAAACAGAGGAACCAGAGCUGCCCCGAACUCUCACACAGAUGUACGUUCACUUCCUGGUGGUGCAGGCCAAAGUCCAGAACAUCAAGUAUCACCAGGGAUCAGGGGAGGACCUUCACUGGACUCCAGAGAUCAGGGAGAUGGUGCUCUCUCUAGGAAAACUGGCCUUUGAGCAGCUGCAGAAAGGAAACCUGAUCUUCUAUGAGUGUGACCUGAGUGAGUGUGGGCUGGACGCUGCCGCUGCCUCAGUGUGUUCUGGAGUGUUCACACGGGUCUCCAGAGAGGAGCUAGGUCUGUACCAAGACAAGUUCUACUGCUUCAUCCAUCUGAGUGUGCAGGAGUUUCUGGCUGCUCUUCAUGUCCAUCAGACCUUCUUCAGCUCUGGAGAGAACCUGCUGGAGCAACCACAGACCUCUGAGAGUCUAGAGUCCGACCCUAAGAAGUCUGAAAACUGUUCAGAUACAGAGAUCUCCUCUGUCCCCUCCAUGACUCCAGACCCUGAGGCCUUAUACCACUCUGCUGUGGACCAGGCCUUACAGAGUCCAAACGGACACCUGGAUCUGUUCCUGCGUUUCCUCCUGGGACUGUCUCUGUCGACCAAUCAGAGGCUGAUGCAGGGUCUGCUGACUCACACAGGAAGUGACAUAACCAAUCAGGAAACAGUGAAGUACAUCAAACAGAAGUUGAAUGAAGAGAGUUUGUCUGCAGAGAGAAGCCUGAACCUGUUCCACUGCCUGAACGAGAUGAAUGACGUCAGUCUGGCAAAAGAGAUACAGGAGAAAAUGAGAAGAGGAGCUCUCUCUGAUAGAAACAUGUCUCCUGCUGAUUGGUCAGCUCUGUGCUUCCUCUUACUGUCCUCAGACUCAGACCUGGAGGAGUUUGACCUGAGGAAAUACCAGGCCUCAGAGAGAGCUCUCCUGGGUCUGGUGCCGGUGGUCAGAGCCUCCACCAAAGCCCUUCUUUGUGGCUGUGGACUGUCCCCUCACAGCUGUGGGCCCCUGGCCUCAGUCCUCAGAUCCUCCAAUCUCACACACCUGGAUCUCAGUCACAAUGACCUCCAGGACUCAGGAGUGGAGCUGCUGUGUUCUGGACUGAAGGGUGCCCCCUGCAGGCUGGAGACACUCAGGCUGUCUGGAUGUCUGGUCUCACAGAGGGGCGGGGCUGCUCUGGUCUCAGCUCUGAGCUCCGCCCCCUCCCACCUGAGAGAGUUAGACCUGAGCUACAACCAUCCAGGACCCUCAGCCGAGCUCCUGACCGCUCUACAGGACCAGCGCCCCCUGCUGUCUGUCAGACUGGAUCCUGCUGGAGAGCGCUGGAUGGUCCCAGGUCUGAGGAAGUACUCCUGUGAGUUCUCUCUGGACCCAAACACAGCUCACAAACAUCUCCUUCUGUCUGAGGACAAUCGGACUGUGACACAUGUGAAGGAGGAGCAGGAGUAUCCACAUCAUGACGACAGGUUCACAGACUACAGUCAGGUCCUGAGCUGCACUGCCUUGAGGGGGCGCUGUUACUGGGAGGUGGACUGGAGCGGGGAGGAUCUUUCUAUAGCAGUGAGUUACAGAGGGAUCAGACGAAGUGGAAAGGGAGGGGAGUGUAGGUUUGGAAACAAUGAUCAGUCCUGGUGUCUGAGAAACUAUGGUGACAGAGAGUACUAUGUGUGGCACAACAGGAGUUUAAACACUACUCUCCCUCCCCCGUCUCUCAGAGAGAGGCAGAGUGGGUGUGUUUCUGGACUCUGAGGCUGAGCUCUGUCCUUCUAUGAGGUCCUCCUCUGAUGGAGAACUGUUCCAUCUCUGGACUUUCUCCUCGUCCUUCUCUGAGCCUCUGUUCCCUGGGUUUGCACUCGACAAAGAAGGAGGCUCUGUGACUCUGGUAAAAGCAGAAAAAUGAGAACAAGAUAUGCAAUAGAAUUAACACUACAAAAUACUGCUUAAAAUUAACAGUUAAAAUUCAGAAUCAAAUAAAGACACUAAAUAGUAUUAAAGAACGAUUGGAAAGAACAUGUUGUAUUUCAGUUCUUUUCUUUGGCUCUAAACUGUUUUGUACCAGUGUUUUAUAUUGUUUUUUCUGUAGUUUUUCAGUUAAAUACAGUAAAUGAAUGGUAGUGAUAUCAUAUACUUUAUGGAGAGGGUUUUGCAGAUUGUGUCACAGACGUCUGUGUGUGGCUUCUUUCUGGGCACAGCAGCUCCUUGUGUCUGCACAGACUCUGCACACGUUUAAUGCAGUUCAUUUCUCUGGAGGUUUUCAGUAUUUUAUAUAAUAGUGUCACACUGAGCACUAUUCCUGCCUGAUCUGUGUCUAAAGUCUGACUCAUUUCCUGUAGCUCCAGGGAAGCUGUGGUCAUCCUGGACAGAAUCAAUGUGCAGAAACCAGAGGGUCCCAAAAAGUGCAACCAAGACCAGGGCAUUAUCAGUGAGCCGUUUAGUCUGAUCUUUGGGUCCAAAGAGGUGAGGGGAAUGUCAUCAGAGACAUAAUAAUUGAAAAGGAUGGUUUGAAGAUAUCAGAAUCAAAAUAUAAAGUUUAUUGUGUAAAAUAAGAACACUGAAAAAGCUGCGGAACAGGAACUCACAUUGUGUAAAGUGACAUUUGUGCAUCUUUGUGGUGAAUUUGACAGUCCGUUCAGUUUGUGAGUGAAACUUGAGCCUCAACAAGACAUUUACACAGUUAGCACAUUUGUGAUGGACUGAAAAAUAUUGGGAAAAUACAGAAAUAUCCGUGCGAGAUGUGUUGAUAUAUUGUCCAGUAGUGGAGGGUGAAGAGUGAGUGACAUCGUUCCCAAAGGUGGGAAUCGAACCCACAACCCCGAGUCAGGAAAAAUACACCUUGAUCUAGGUUCAGACAGAAAGAGCCUCGUGUUUCACCAUCAGAGCAGUGAUCAUGACAAAUCACAGCCACAUGGAGCAAAUAAAAGACAAUAAAAAACAGUGAAAAAUGGGAGUUUUAGCUCCAGCUUUAGUCAGAGCACUUUAACGUAAAACAUCAUAUUCCUGUGUCAGUUAAGAGUCGGAAAAGUAAUUUUUGAUUGACUGAAAACAGUGACUGAAUUUUUUUGAGAAGAGUCUUGAGAGUCCAGAAAAGUGCCAUAAUUAAAAUGUAUGAAUGUUUGAUGUGAGAAGAAGCCAUAUCAGGGUCAGAAGCAGGUGGAGAUAGAUAGGAUGGGGUCAGGGACAUCAGAUGCGGUCAGAAGAAGGCAACAUCGUGGCUGAGCGCUGCUGCCAGUCUAAACUCAGGAGCACACAGAACAUCCUGAGGCAGCGCUCUGGUGUAAUGGGCAGGAGAAGGAAGACACAUCCCCAGACAGAGACGAGAUUUAAUACGUUUUCUUCUUUUCGAGCUUAAGAAAAAAAUAUACAUUAAUUGUACUUAUAAUAAUAAUAUAUUUUUAUUUAUAAUGCACUCUUCAUUAAACAAAAUCCCAGAGUGCUACAAGAAAAGAACAUUAAAAUGCUAAUUGCUAAAAACUAAAAACACCAGCAGUAAGCUUUUCUAAAUAAAAAGGUCUUUAAAUUAGUUUUUAAAAAGCCCAGGCUCUGUGCGGCUCUCAGCUGAGGCAGGGAGGCAGUUCCACAGUCGCAGUGCAGCUCAACAGAAGGCUCGGUCCCCCAUUGUACGGAGCCUGGUGGGGGGGACCUGGAGGAGCAUGCUGCCUGUAGAUCUGAGGGUGCGGAUUGGGGAUUGUGCAGUGAUCAGAUCUUGCAAGUGGUGCCUGACCGGUGAUACAUUUAUGUGUAAACAGACUAAUUUUGUAUUUGAUCCGGAAUUUAACAGGGAGCCAAUGCAGUGAUUUAAGAAUGGGAGUGACAUGUUCAAAUUUUCCGGCCUUCAUUAGAAUUCUGGCGGCGCUGUUUUGCCCUUGGCAGGUAUCCCAACAUAAAGUCCAUUGCAGUAAUCCAACCUUGAGGAGAUAAAGGCGUGGACAAGUUUCUCUGCAUCUGGGAGGUUUAGAAGGGGGCGGAGUUUGGAAAUGUUUUGUAGAUGGUGAAACGAUGUCUAAACACAUGUUAAUUCAUCUGCUUUAAAUAAAUAAAUGAAAUAAGAUCCUC